AAUGUCGAGAUGAAGGGAGUUAGAAGGGGCGAGUGAGAGGGGCUAGAGAGAGAAGUCAUAAAAAAAAAUAAAAAAAAGAUAAAAAGAGAGAGAGAGAGAGAGCCAAGUGAGCGCGCGCGCAAAUGUCCUUCGGGGUGGCCGGAGAGCUUUGACAAGCUCGGUGAGAGAUAAAGAGAGAAAAAUCUUGUGCGGGAGAGGGAUAAAAAGUGGGUGGUCUGAGGUGGAAUAGGUGGAAUAGGUGGAAUAGGUGUAAUAGGUGGUAUAGGUGGGGUAGAUAGUGGGGUUGUUUUAUAGUGUUUGUGCGCCCCCUUUAGCUGUGCGUAGCACUAGAUUUGUAGCAGCACCAGCGGUCAGGCAUAAUCCAUCCGAAUCUCUGGAGCUCGGGCAUUUGUUGUAAAAGCUCCAAGUAGUGAAGAACCAAUGCAACGAGCCAAUACAAUAUUAUCCCCCUUGCACACACCCACACCAUAACGCACAACCAGUUAAUUACGCGUUUAUCGUUUAUUGAUGAGCGUAAUUAUUGGUUACGGAUGGUGGUGCUGUUGGUAGGAUAUUGGUGAUGAAAUGUGAAAAUUGACGAAUUAUUUAUUUAUACGGUUUAUAAUAGUUAUGCUGAGCUGGGGUGUCAGGGGGAUAAGGCGAGCAUACGGAAAUGCGCCUUAGGCACGUUGAACUCAUUAAACGGGAGUGCCACUGGCCUCGAUAUGUACGCGUACGGUUUCGAGAUAACGUAGUCAUGUAAUGUUGUCACGCGGCGCACCCUGCGUAGCUUCACGGUGAAAAUCUGGCGUGAACGGUGCCGCGGUGGAACGGGGAACAUGGCGUCGGUCUCGACCGAGACACCAGUCAGCCAUGGGCACAGCUUUCGACAGAAAACAUUUCACAAGCCUACGUACUGCCAUAGCUGCACCGACCUGCUCUGGGGUAUCAUAGGGCAGGGCUACAUCUGCGAAGUUUGCAACUUCGUGGUGCACGAACGCUGUCUCAAGGCCGUCGUGUCUCCCUGCUCCAGCAUCGCGGCAAGCCUCAUUAAGAAUCCGGUUGCACACUGUUGGUCCGAACCGGUGCAUCACAAGAAAAAAUUUUGCAAUGUCUGUCGUAAACGUCUCGAGGAUACAUCUCCGUCCGUACACUGCGAGAUUUGCGAGUACUAUGUGCACACGGACUGUCAGGAUUUUGCUGUUGCUGACUGUAAAGAGAAUGCUACGUACCUACCAGGGAAGGACUUGGGCUCGGUGAAGCAUACGCAUCACUGGCGCGAGGGAAAUCUACCGAAUAAUUCAAAAUGCGCCGUUUGCAAAAAGAGUUGUUUCUCCGCAGAGUGCCUAGCUGGAUUCCGCUGCGAGUGGUGUGGCAUGACGUCGCAUCCUUGGUGCCAAAAGAGCAAACUGAUGCGUCAAGAAUGUACAUUUGGCAAUUUGGAGCCAAUAUAUCUGCCACCGUAUGCGAUCAGCAUACCGCGUACCGAAGUACCAAUGGAAGCAAUAAUUGGUGUGCAAGUACGCCGGAAAGAUAUUCUCACCCGUAAGUCGUCCACAAUAAUCUAGCAUAACAUCGGAGAGCAAUUCGAAUUUGCCGAGAGUGAACAAAUUGGUGCGGCUGGUCAUCUGGCCGAAGCUUUCAGACGGCUUUCACUAGUUUUUCCACGUAGCUGCCAUGGAAAUUGUCAUGCUUCCCCUCCUUAUGUUCGAGCACGCAGUAUAUCCGAGGAAUUCAGCAGCGGUGACACAAGGAACAGAGAUAAUGAUGAGCCGACACAAUCGAGUAGUGCACACAGCAGAGAUCCAAGAUCUCCCAAAGAGAAGGAUGAUAAAGAGAGAGGAGAUGAAGAAAUGAUUAAAGUGUAUGAUGGCAAUAUGUCUCUCAAGCGGAAAAUAUUCCGGGUUAUAACGGUGUCGCGAUUAGCAACCACUGAGCAGGUUCUCACGUCAGCUCUUAGGGCGUUCCACAUCACAAAAGUACAUCCAAGUCUUUUUUAUCUUACCGAUUUAUACGCCACCGAAGAGACACCACUCUGUGAUCCAAAUCCAGUGUUAAAUUUAACUCGGAGAGAAGGCAAACGACGUGCGGUAUUUUUGCGAUACAAGGAUGAGGAGUGCGGUGAAGUCCGGGUUUAUCCUGGCAAACUGCAAAUAGCGGAUCCAUUCUGUAUAGUUCCAGUUAAUGACUCAACAACCGUCGCGGAUCUGAUUCAAGAGGCUCUUCUACGAUUUGGCGUGAAGGACUUCAAUUGCGAGGAUUAUCGUUGCAGUGAAAUACUUUUAGAUCGUGGUGUAUCCGAGAAGGUGCUGGAGCUCACGGAAAAGCCAUGGGACGCUGUCAAACAACUUGGCAAAGACUCAAUCAGGCAAAUGGAACUCAUGAGAUUUUAUCUCCAGUUAAAACAGGAUCCACACGGCCCUAAUUUAGCGCUAUUCGUCGGCAAUCUGCCAGUAAAUUUGAAUGAAAAAGUUUACGAAAAUAUACUCAUUGAUUUCUUGGGACAAGAAAAUAAAUUCUCGUCGAUUGGACCGAUAUAUUACGAGUAUGGAUCCAUGGUAAUUAUAUAUGAAGAUGCUAAUAAAGCAGUGAGAGCAUUGUACCUGUUGCGAGAGUCACAGUAUGAGGAUAAACAUCUGUUAGUCAUGCUUCUACCAAGUAUUGAACCGAGUAUGGUACCACCGGGUGUACAGCCACUUCUUGUAUUCGUCAAUGUUAAAUCGGGUGGAUGCCAGGGGCUCGAGUUAAUUUCAAGUUUUCGAAAAUUACUCAAUCCCUAUCAAGUAUUUGACUUGGAUAAUGGAGGUCCACUACCUGGGUUGUAUGUGUUCCGUCAUAUAAGACAUUAUAAGAUACUGGUCUGUGGUGGCGAUGGAACGAUAGGAUGGGUCCUGCAAUGUUUGGACAAUGUUGGACAGGACAGUGAAUGCUCAUCGCCGGCUUGUGCUAUUGUGCCACUUGGCACAGGCAAUGAUCUCGCUCGUGUACUUUGCUGGGGACCUGGUUACACCGGUGGUGAAGAUCCUCUCAAUUUGUUGCGUGAUGUCAUUGAUGCUGAUGAAAUAAGACUGGACAGGUGGACAGUCGUUUUUCAUCCUCAAGCCGAGCAAGAUGAUACCGGCGGAGCUGGAUCGAGCGAAGACAAUUCCCAGAUAUUUGUCAUGAAUAAUUACUUUGGCAUUGGCAUCGACGCCGAUUUGUGUUUGGACUUUCACAAUGCCAGGGAGGAGAAUCCGAAUAAAUUCAAUAGUCGAUUGCGGAAUAAGUCCGUGUACGUCAAAAUGGGACUGAAGAAAAUGGUCGGACGAACCUGCAGGGAUUUGCAGAGGAAAAUACGUCUGGAAGUCGAUGGUAAACUAGUCGAUUUACCACAGCUGGAGGGUAUUAUUAUACUGAAUAUAUUGAGUUGGGGCUCCGGUGCGAAACCAUGGGGGGAAGACAGAGAGGAACAAUUUCACAAGCCAAAUCAUUACGAUGGCAUGCUGGAAGUGGUGGGUGUUACAGGUGUUGCACACUUGGGCCAAAUACAAUCGGGGUUUCGUACAGCCAUGAGGAUAGCGCAGGGAGGACAUAUAAAAAUUCACCUGAAUUCCGACAUACCAGUGCAAGUGGAUGGCGAACCGUGGGUGCAGAGUCCUGGUGAUGUCGUUGUGCUUAAAUCUGCAUUAAAGGCCACGAUGCUGAAGAAGACCAAGGUUAAAAUGAAGCGACGAAAUACAGAGCCAAGUAUGCAACUAGCACUUCAAGCAGCUGCAUCUAAUGAUCCUGAUACUGAGGUUUUCUGAGUGACAGCUGUGGACACACCGAAAUUCACGGUCAAUCGUCCAAUAUCGAAUCAAUCAUUUCAAUCCGACUGCUAACCCUAGCGAAUCACGAUAAUGUCUCAUUAAGAGAUCCCCUAAUGAGCCGAUCUCUGCGAUUCAAUAUACUUUUUGCAAUUAAACAAUCAAAAAAAUUCAUUCGAAACUCACAAAUGCGAUUUAUAAAUAGAUUGCUGAAUAUUAAAUUGAAUAAAUUUGUUUAUAGUAAUUAAUUGACAGUUUGGAGUGCAAUUGGAAUUUUAAUUGUUUGAAAGAAUUCCAAUUUUUAAUUAGUAUUCGUUGGUGAUGCCUUUAUUAUUAAAUAAAUUAAAUUUUUGGUUCAUCUGAAUCGCAGGGCUCGUCCCAUUGGGAAAAGCGAAAAUCUUUCGGCUUUAAUUUACACCUCGAAAAUUCAUCCGAGUUCAGCACAACUGAUUGUUAGACACAAUGAGAAGUCACGAGAGAAUCCAAAAUGCGCGAAACACAUGAGAGGAAUCAAAUAUUCCAACGUGAAUGUCAAUAAAAUAAUAUUUUUAAAAACGGCACGUCGAUUAAGAAUUUUUUAAAAGAAAAAAAUUGACAAAUUCCGUGAGAGUGAUAACGAGUUCCCUUUAGCGUCGAUGAUAUUUAUUUUCUCGUUUCCUGUUCUCAUUCACUGUAAAUUACAAUAUUGCAGUUAAAUACGGAUGAAUAUUUUUUUAAACAUUGACCGAUCGCCGCGUGAGAAGCCGAUGUGAAAUAAUUGGCAGGAAUACAACAAAAAUUAAUGAAAAAAUCCCGUAAUGAAUGAGGAAGUACCGUUACGAUAAUGCUUACACCAUUUUAUUUUUGCAUUUAGGUUUACAUGAUUUAUUACCCACGAAAAAUAAUCUGUGAAAAAAUAAAGGAGAAACCUGUAAACUGUAAUAUGUACAUUACGUUUCGUAUGGUAUUUUACCAGAAAAAAAAAAAAUAUCUACAGAAUAAAAAGAUAAAUAUCGUGAUACAUAUCGGGUAUCAUGAUAAAAACAAAAUGAAAAAGAGAAAGGCAUCAAGUCAGUUGUUAUUGAUAUAUUAUUAUAUAAAAAUAUUUACGAUUAAAUAUCAAUAUAUUUACAUACUAUUGUAUUAGUAUUACCGUUUUAAUUUGUCAUUGUUGUCAAAUCUGACUGCCGGGCAGUCUGGAAUAACCUUAACAAAAAAAUAAUAAUAAUAAAGAAAGAAGAAUUAAACCAGUCGCAGUCAGUUUUACUAAUGAACAAAUUCAUCAAACGUAAUUUUCGUAGAGGGCAACAAAAAUGGAUAAAAUGAGAAGGACCGCGGGCACGGCAUCUUUGCCAAUUCGUCUCUCAAAUUAACCGAAGUUUAAUUAAAAAUAAACUCAAUCAACAAAAUUGCUGAGUAACGAGGCGUCUUGGCAGCGCCAGAACUAUUAAUUUAAAUGAGGAAAAUAACCAAAAAAAAAAGAUGAUAAUGUAAAUUUAGUCGGUCUCGAGCAAACUUUGCGCUAGAAGUUUGCUCGAGUCCCUUGUUAGGAAAAAUUCAUGACAUUCCACUGACGUGUGGUUAUAUAAAAACAAGAGAAUCAAUGUAAAUUGAUGUAAUAAAAAUGCCAAAAAAAUGGAGGAGAGGUGUUUCAAUGCGUUCAAACAAUUUAGGAAAUUAACUGAACGGUGGAUAAUUAUCCCAGGGUGAAUCUGCGGCACAGACACUUAUGAGUCAAUCAUGGCUUUCAAGACACCAUUUGAGACUUUUUCGCGCGUCCAAUAUGUUGAAUUGGGAUAAUUGAAUGAAAAUUUGAGAAUUGAACGAAUGUGACACGCGACGACGUGUGACAAGUGGCAGUUUUAGUUUCGACAAUUGGAGUGAGUGCGAUUGUGUGUAUUUGGCAUCACUAUUUGAUUCAAUGGGACAAUUACCGGUGCCAAAAAAAAUAAAGAUGUACAUAAUAAUAUUAUAAUGAAAAAUGUAGAUUUGUAAGGUGCGCUGAGUGAAUGAUUCUCGAUUGAACAAAUUAUGUUUUCGUUGGGUGCUAGACAUUUAGACGCGUCGAAUAUCGCAUGUCAAAUUGUUACGACAAUUAUUCAUUUAAGUGACAAAGGGACUCAAGUGGGCUGUGUUGCGACGCUUGGGUCACAAACUUAUGGCAACAUAAGUCGAGAUUAAUCUAAAAUUGCAGUGCUGAGGACAAUUAUGCCUUCGUUAAUGUGGGUGUGUGAGGGAGAGAGCUAGUGAGAGUGUGAUAAGAGAGUGAAGUUAUAAUAAUUGAGAGAAAGACAGAGCGAAAUGUCACAGGUGACACGGGACAGACACUCAGUUUGUGUUAUAAAAAAAAAAAAGCGCUUGUAGAACGCGCUCUUGCACCUAGUCGACUAAUCCCGUAGACUUCGCUGGAUGUCUUAGAACUAUUGAAAAAAAAAAGUAUAAAACAAAAACACUGGAAAUCACUUUUGAAAAAUUUCAUUACAAAUCUAUCAAAAACCAAUAAAUUAUCGAGACGCCUUCGUUCUCCGGAUGAUCAAGUGGCAUCUCUUCUCUAACCUGCCGAAAAUGUUUGGGGCUCAUAUCAUACGUUACAUCCGGUUUUAUAGUACACGUAUGAUGAUAAUUGCAUUGACGGCAGAUUGGCGAUAUCUCAUCACCACGUUUGUUAAUUCGACCAAACUGUAAUACUGUAAUACUUGCUGUUGCUGUAAAGGAUAGAUGAAUAAUAAGCCAUGAACAAUCUACGUAUAAUAAAAUGAAUGUAUGUGCUACAA